AUGUCGGCGCCUGCCCCCGGCCUCGGCUCCUCCGUCGAGCUCGCCACCAACGAGCUCGGCGAGCUCGGCAUCGAGGUGGAGGCGUCGCACUGCAGCGGCAGGGUGUGGCCCGCGGCGAUCGUCCUCGGGCGGUACCUCGAAUCCGAGAGGUGCGCGCGCCUGCGAGCGCGCGAUGCGGCGAUCCUCGAGCUCGGCGCGGGCACCGGCUGGCUCGCGCUCAAGAUGUCAUCGCGCUUCGCGUCCUGGACGGCGACGGAGACGACCGAGGGUGGCGCGCUCGACAGGCUCGAACGGAACCUCGCCAAGUUCGCCGGCGGAGGCACCCGCGGGAGGCACCCGAUCGCGAGAGCGCUGGACUGGAACGACGCGGAGGGAUUCGUCGACUCCGAAGGCGGCGGGUGGGAUCUGGUGUGCGGCUCGGACCUCGUGUACUCGGAAGCAGGCGCAGCCGCAUUGGCGCGAUGCCUGGAUGCGUUGCUCGGGGACGGGGACGGGGACGAAAAGUCGGCACCCGGGGACGGGGACGGGGACGGGGACGUAAGGUCGGCAGCCGGGCGGCGGCGACCGAUGAUCGCCAUCGCGCAGACGUGCGGUCGAUGGGGCGGGCACGGUUUCGACGAGGCGCUGUACCGAGCUCUCGCCAAUCGUCGACUUCGAGCCUCAGCCGCAUUCGGGGAGACGCUGGAGGACGACGACACUACCCUUCGGCAGCACGUCGUCGUCUUCUCGAUCGAACGAUCGCCGGGUGCAUCGGAUAUUGAGUGCGUGGAUAUUGAGAGGGAUCGGCGGUCGCAUCCGCUGCUUCGCGCGGCGAGGAUCCGCGAGAGGAACGAGGCGGCACAGCUGGCGGCGUUGACAGAGGACGAACGGCGCGAGCUCGACGCGGCUCGGCUCUUCGACGAGCUAUCUUCGACGUGA